UCAUGCACUUAUUCCACCAGAGAAACGUACAAGAGCACAGUGGUCCAUCUCCCUACUUUACUUCACCUUUUAAACUCUUCAAAAAUCUUCAAUAUCACCAAGUCCCAUUCCUCAACCAUUGCUUAACCUAUUAGAGUUUCUUUUCUCCAACAAACCAUCUUUUCAAGACUCCAACUUCAAGCUUUCUUUAACUCAAAAAAUGGAGGGUAAAAGAACACAAGGACAAGGGUACUUGAAAAAAAAGUCUUACCGUGUGGAAGAAGAAAUGGAGUAUGAUACGGAUGGAGAAGAGGAAGUUGGUAGGGAAGAAGAGAGGAGGAAAGGAGUGAUGGAUAGAGUUAGAGGGUCUAGUGGCAGCAUCGAUCGUGGUGGCUCGUCGCGGCUUUGCCAAGUAGAUAGAUGCACAUCUGAUAUGAAGGAGGCAAAACUGUAUCACCGGAGACACAAAGUGUGUGAAGUUCAUGCAAAGGCAUCUUCUGUCUUUCUCUCAGGACUUAACCAACGCUUUUGUCAACAAUGCAGCAGGUUUCAUGAGCUCCAAGAGUUUGAUGAAGCAAAAAGAAGUUGUCGUAGGCGCUUAGCUGGACACAAUGAAAGAAGAAGGAAGAGCUCUGGUGAGAGUAGUUUUGGAGAAGGAUCAGGUCGGAGAGGAAUCACUGGUCAGGUGAUCCAGAAUCAAGAAAGAUCAAGGGUAGAGAUGACACUUCCUAUGCCAAACUCAUCAUUCAAGCGACCACAGAUUAGAUAGAGAAGCUAUACGAGCAAGGAGUGUGUCUUAUCCAGAAACACAGGGGACUACUAAGUACUAACCGAAAGCCACGGUCACUUUGAAGUUUGAGAACCACAAAUUAAAUGAGAUACUUUGCUGAAGAUUUCAUAUCUUUUAUACACCGUCAAUCGAGUUGACGGGUACUUGGUUUGACGUACACUACAAGUAGUAUAGAAUACAAGAUUUGAAUAAUCAACGACCAUUAUCAGUAAAUUGUUGAGUAGAUUAUAGUAGAAGCAAACCUUCCAGGGUCCAUUACUUGCUAUGAUGAGAAACUUUGCGUCAUCAAUAAUUAUUUUAUGCCAAAUUAAUGCAUCCUUAUAGAUGUUUUCAAACAAAUUGGAGCACAAGUAAUUGGAUAAUGAAUGUAGCAAACAGACUAUAAAGUGAAUAUGAAAACGACCUAAUCCUCCAUC